AUGGCUGCUGUUCCCACGAUGGAUGCAGUUGUCUUCCAGGGUAAGCUCCAGGUAAAGGUCGAACGCCGGCCAGUCCCAACCAUCCAGGAUGCUGGGGAUAUCAUUGUGAAGGUCAAAUACACGGCUCUAUGCGGGAGGCAAGUCAGCACUGAUACACCUUGA